GCAGCUUCUGUACCAGAAACAAAUCAGUCUCCGUAUUGCUUCACUUUACUCUGUAUGGUCUACAUCCCGCAGACAUGGACUUCCAAGUGUUGAUGUACACGGUGCUAUCGCUUUCUAUCCUCCACGCGUUUGCGCUCUAGCUGUGCGCUCCAGGCCCGAGGAGCGUCCAGCUGCUGACGAGAAAGGGACUGAUAUUAUUUUAUCAUCCAUUGACACAUCACUGUGCAAGAGAGAGGGGGGAUAGUAGAGACCUAGCAGCAGAGGAGACCUCACAGUCGUGACAGCUAAGACCGUUUCUGGAUAUCGGACAACAGACAGUGGCUUUUUUGUGUCCUCCAUCAUGGCGAGUGACUCUCCAGCACGGAGUCUGGACGAAAUCGACCUAUCUACUUUGAGAGAUCCCGUCGGCAUUUUUGAGCUGGUUGAGCUGGUGGGAAAUGGCACAUAUGGGCAGGUGUACAAGGGCUGCCAUGUUAAGACGGGGCAGUUGGCAGCAAUCAAGGUCAUGGAUGUCACAGGGGAUGAGGAAGAGGAGAUUAAGGCAGAAAUUAACAUGCUGAAGAAGUACAGUCACCAUCGGAACAUCGCUACCUACUACGGAGCUUUCAUCAAGAAAAAUCCCCCCGGCAUAGAUGACCAGCUAUGGCUGGUCAUGGAGUUCUGUGGAGCUGGCUCAGUGACUGACUUGAUCAAGAACACCAAGGGCAACUCUCUGAAAGAGGAAUGGACUGCGUACAUCUGCAGAGAGAUUCUCAGGGGUCUGACUCAUCUCCAUCAGCACAAGGUCAUCCACAGAGACAUCAAGGGACAGAACGUCCUGCUGACUGAGAAUGCAGAGGUCAAGCUAGUGGACUUUGGGGUUUCAGCCCAGUUGGACAGAACAGUAGGAAGGAGAAACACAUUUAUUGGGACACCAUAUUGGAUGGCGCCAGAGGUUAUUGCCUGUGACGAGAACCCUGAGGCCACAUAUGACUUCAAGAGUGAUUUAUGGUCACUGGGAAUCACAGCAAUAGAGAUGGCUGAAGGAGCACCACCACUCUGUGAUAUGCAUCCAAUGAGAGCCCUCUUCCUCAUUCCACGCAACCCUGCCCCCAGACUAAAGUCAAAGAAGUGGUCAAAGAAGUUCCAGUCAUUCAUAGAGAGCUGUCUAGUAAAGAGCCACAGCCAGAGACCCAGCACAGAGCAGCUCCUCAAACACCCAUUCAUCAAGGACCUCCCCAAUGAGAGGCAAAUUCGCAUCCAGCUUAAAGAUCACAUCGACCGCACCAAGAAGAAGAGAGGAGAGAGGGAUGAAACAGAAUACGAGUAUAGUGGCAGUGAAGAGGAGGAUGAAGACAGAGACAGUUGUGAACCGAGCUCCAUCAUCAACAUCCCCGGGGAGUCAACCCUGAGGCGAGACUUCCUGCGCCUACAGCUCGCCAAUAAGGAGCGUUCAGAGGCCCAACGGCGGCAACAGCUGGAGCAACAGCAGAAUGAGGAGCACAAGCGCUUACUGUUGGCUGAGAGACAGAAACGCAUCGAAGAGCAAAAGGAGCAGAGGAGGCGGCUGGAAGAACAACAGCAGCGUGAGCGUGAGCUGAGGAAACAGCAAGAGAGGGAACAGAGAAGACGUUAUGAGGAAAUGGAGCAGCUCCGCAGAGAAGAGGAGAGGAGACAUGCAGAAAGAGAACAGGAGUAUAUCCGUAGACAGCUGGAAGAGGAACAGAGGCAGUUAGAGAUUCUCCAGCAGCAGCUACUGCAGGAACAGGCAUUACUGCUGGAGUACAAGCGUAAGCAGAUUGAGGAGCAGCGGCAGGCAGAGCGGCUACAGAGGCAGCUCCAGCAGGAGAGAGCCUACCUGGUGUCUUUGCAGCAGCAGCAGCAACAACAAAGACAAGCAGAGAAGAAACCGCUUUACCACUAUAAGGAUGUCGUUAAUCCUAACGACAAGCCUGCCUGGGCUAAAGAGGUGGAGGAGCGAUCUAAGCUGAACAGACAGAGCUCUCCAGCGCUGCAGCACAAAGUGUCCAACCGCAUCUCCGACCCCUCCCUCCCACCCCGCUCCGAGUCCUUCAGCAGCGGGGGCAUGCAGCCUGCCCGUACCCCACCCAUCCACCGUUCCAACGAACCACAGAUGGCUCACCUGGUUCCUGUGAAAACCCACACUAGCUCCAUGUCUGGCUCUCAAUCUCUGCAGGACCAGAAAGACUCAGCUCUCAGUGAGGGUGUGAGUGUGGGCUCCCCCAGGCCUGAGAUGCCUCGUCAGAACUCAGACCCCACUUCUGACACCCCGGGACCUCCACAGCGCAAUGCUGGCAGGGAGGAACGGGAUCGUGACAGGGAUCGAGAUCGGGAUCGGGACAGAACCGCUUGGCUGAGAGAGGAGGACAUCCCACCCAAGGUACCCCAACGGACCACUUCCAUCUCCCCAGCCUUGGUCAGGAAAAACUCUCCUAAUGGAGGAGUAAGUCUGGGUCCCCGGACGGGUUCUCAGCUCAUAAGGGCAAGCAACCCUGACCUGCGGCGCUCUGAACUCUCUUUGGACGCUAUGCUGCAAAGAACCUCUUCCAACUCAUCAUCUUCCUCGUCCCCUUCAUCUCAGGGGGGUUCAGCUGAGAGGAGAGGUCAAACAAAGCAGGAGGGAUCCCCACCAGGAGCCAAUCAAGAAGCAAAGCUCAAGCAGGAGGAGGGACGUGAAUCAACAAGACCCAGCAGACCUGCCGACUUAAGUGCAUUAGCUAAGGAACUCAGAGAACUAAGGGUAGAGGAGGGAAGCAGACCUCCAGUGAAGGUGACAGACUACUCGUCUUCCAGUGAAGAAUCGGAGAGCAGCGAUGAAGACGGGGAGACAGAUGGGACUGUUGCUGUGAGCGAUAUUCCCCGCAUAAUGCCAGCAGUGCAGAGCAGUGGAGAGUCAUAUGGAGGGUUGACAGAAGACUCUCUGGGAGAUGCCUAUAACAGCUCGAAGGACAGUACUCUAGUAAUGAGAGAGGCAGAGGAGAGGAGGAGAGGAGGUCAUAGUGAGAGUAACGGGUUUGGAAAUCAUGGUAACCAUGGUAACCUCCCUGACCUGGUACAACAGAGCAACUCCCCGUCAGCGACGCCCACCACAGCCCUGCAGGAGCUCAGCGACAUGGCUGAGUUUGGUGUUGGUGGGUCCAAAGCAUCAUUUACUCCAUUCGUUGAUCCACGGGUCUAUCAGACCUCCCCAAGUGACGACAAUGAGAACUCAGCAGCAGCCAUGUUUGCCAAUGAGCUGCUGAGGCAGGAGCAGGCACGACUAAAUGAAGCCAGGAAGAUCUCUGUGGUAAAUGUCAACCCCACCAACAUCAGACCCCACAGUGACACGCCAGAGAUCCGCAAAUACAAGAAACGUUUUAACUCCGAGAUCCUUUGUGCUGCACUUUGGGGUGUGAAUCUACUAGUGGGGACAGAAAAUGGUCUCAUGCUGCUCGACCGAAGUGGACAGGGAAAAGUUUAUAACCUGAUCACCAGAAGGCGCUUCCUACAGAUGGAUGUACUAGAGGGCCUCAAUGUGUUGGUCACUAUAUCUGGGAAAAAGAAUAAGUUGCGUGUCUACUAUUUAUCCUGGCUGAGGAACAGAAUACUACACAACGACCCAGAAGUAGAGAAAAAGCAGGGCUGGAUUACCGUAGGAGAACUGGAAGGCUGUGUGCAUUAUAAAGUUGUCAAAUAUGAGAGGAUCAAGUUCCUGGUGAUUGCUCUGAAAAAUUCAGUGGAAAUCUAUGCCUGGGCUCCAAAACCCUACCACAAGUUCAUGGCCUUUAAGUCAUUUACAGACCUACAGCAUCGUCCCCAGCUGGUUGACCUGACGGUAGAAGAAGGUCAGAGGUUAAAGGUCAUCUAUGGCUCCAGCGUGGGCUUCCAUGUCAUUGAUGUGGACUCAGGCAACCCUUACGACAUAUACAUUCCCUCACAUAUCCAGAGCCAGGUGACACCCCAUGCCAUCGUGGUGCUGCCUAAGACUGAUGGAAUGGAGAUGCUGCUGUGCUACGAGGACGAGGGUGUCUAUGUCAAUACCUAUGGUCGAAUCACCAAGGACGUGGUGCUACAGUGGGGAGAGAUGCCUACCUCUGUUGCCUAUAUUCAUUCUAAUCAGAUUAUGGGCUGGGGUGAGAAAGCCAUAGAGAUCCGUUCUGUAGAAACGGGUCACCUGGAUGGAGUUUUUAUGCACAAGAGAGCCCAGAGACUAAAAUUCCUGUGUGAGCGGAAUGACAAGGUAUUCUUUGCAUCCGUGCGCUCAGGAGGUAGCAGCCAAGUUUUCUUCAUGACGCUCAACAGAAACUCUAUGAUGAACUGGUGAUGUCUCCCCUUACCCACUCUGCCUCACUCUCCCACUGGUGGCAGCCGACCUUGACCCACCACACAUCUCACAAGUGAACGCGACUCACCGAGAUGCCACAAAUGAACUGUUGCAACACUGGAGAGGCUUACACAGUGUAGAGAGAAAAAAAGAAGUUAUUUUAGAGGAAAAAGAGACCAAUUCUAAAUAAAGACAGAAGUUAUUCUAGAUUAAACCGGGUCAUUCUGAAGCCAUCCAGCUGACUGGCAAACUGGUGCCACCGAGUUUCCAAACAAUCUCUUCUUUCCUGUUUCUCUGCAACUCUUCUUUUUCUGUAGCUCAAUUUUUGCCUUUAUUCCCUCAAAACUGACCAGUGCAUCCAAGUGUUUGACAAAUGUACAAAUACACUUUUGACCUUUCUUAACCCCCCCCUUCACGCCUUCUGUCCAUCUUGGUAGCUCAAACCUCAUUUUUAGUCCUUUGAGACCCAUAUUCAUCAAUUUCUUUACUUCCUACCUACUGUGUGUGGAAUACUACUACACCUCAGAGAUUGGAGAAGCAAUAUAUGAAUACAAUUUAAUCUAAAUUUAAAUAUACUUCUAAUAGAGCGGUGCAGGGAGAGCAACUGAGAGAUGACAAAUCCUCUUUGAAUGUCAGCGAUGAAAGCAGACAGCCUGAUUGAUUUUCUUUCUCCUUUGACACUCCCUUCCACCUCCACUUCCUCCCCUCACUAUCUUUUGGUUUCUGAGAAAACCGAGUUGUGAUUUGACGUUCGAUCGCAUGUCACCGAUAGAGAUGCGGUGAGCAAUUCUGCCGUCAGGUGGGUCUUAACAGUAUGCAAAGAUGAUAUCUGUGUCCCUUUAAAAUGAAAUCGCUGGUCCACCCUGUCCUCUUCCCUUCUUUGUUUUCCUUUCCUUCCUCACCUCACCCCUUUCCGCCAACAUCGUGAUGAUGAUCUCUUCACUUUUACGUCUUUAAACUCUGAAGGUGCUGCAUCAGAUAUACUGUAAUAUUAAACGAGCAAUGGGAGUGGGGUUUUUUUUGUUUUGUUUAAUUCUGUUCUUUUAUUUUCUGUGGGACAGUUUUGAGUCAGACAGUCUUUGAAGUUUGAUGAAAUGUACAGCACAUCUGUGUCUCUGAAAUCAGGAGUGUAUUUUAGUGUGUACGUAUGCGUGCGUGUGUGAAUUUGUGUGUCUCAAUCAAAGUUGGACAUUGAAAUCAAUGUCCAGCGAGAAUAAAGUAAUUCAUGUCUUUGUGUGUAAACUUACCUUAAUCUGAUCAAAGCAACACUGAGUGUGUUUACAUGCAGAUUUAUAAUUUUAUCUUCGUAGUAUGAAGUUUAUGAGUUGGUGUCUGAACACCAUACGUUUAAAAUAGGCAAUAUUAAUGGCUGAUUUUGGGGGGGGAGGGGGGUGUUUUGUGUGUUUCCAUGAACACAGUAGUGUCUUGGCUGUUCACUCUUACAGCCACUUAGCUGCAGAAAUAUGACAAUGCAUAUAAAGAGCUCAUAGCCUGGAUAUGAGCUACUAUCCCAAAUACUGUGUGCAUGUGAAAGCACUCGUUGUUAACAACUGUGGGGUCUUCUUGAAUCAUGCUCCUCCUUGGUUGGUUCUUCUGAUUUUUGGCUCCUAACUGUUUGUACAGUGCCUAGCAUGAUGUAAGCAAAACUUAAUCAGAGGCCAAAAGAUUACUGCUUUUUUUUGGCCUAUAUGGUUACAUUACAGGUUUGUUUUUGGUUGGGUUUUUUUUUUUUUUUUUUUUAAUCUCUGUGAAGGUUAUUAUCUAACUUAACUCACUGGCGAUGUUAUUUUUCUCCACUUAUGGAGAUGUACAUUAACAAAUUUAAGAGUUUGAUUAUUCUUUGAAAGGAGCAACUAAUUAUGACAAAACUUAGCCAUAUAUGUCCAAAUACUUUGCACAGCUCAAUCAUCAAAAUUAUGAAAUUGAUUUUACUUGUCAAAAUUGAGGCGAUUUUGGCUUUACAUUAAAACCGUCAUCAACCCACCACCUGGAGACAAGCUUCGGGCAGCUCAUGUAGAGCUCAGUUACUGUAACUAUAAAAAUGUGACGACUUUGCAUAAGCAGUAAAUUAAAACCACUAAAGACCUAAAACUCACACCUUUAACCUAAAUGCAACCAGCUGGCACACCUCCCACAUCUAAUAGUCCUGAUGAUGGUUUAAAUUUAAAGUCAGAGCUUAAAAAGAUGCACUCCUGUUUUGUAAUAACUUUGCUCUUAGAUUUCUCAGUAAAUUGGAAUGGUUCACAAAAAAUGGACAUGUUUCUCAAUGUAAUGAUCCUCUGAAUGAAGUUCUUAUUUUCUGUUAAAUUGUUCAAUGUUUUCUGUUGUAUUUUCAAGGAUUUUUUACACAUCCAUAUACAGUAGUAGCUGUUACUGUGCACCUGUAACUUAGGGUUACCGAUCUCUGUUAGGGGGAGCAGGCUCUAACAUUAUAGCAAUAAAGAGCUUAGCUGCAGAAACCACUGUCUUCCAUGUGUGUGUAUGUGUGCACACAUGCAUUUCUGUGUCUGAUUAAUGAUCAUGUGGGAAUGGGGCAUUAUUGCAGUGUUUGUUAAUCAUUUAAUUCGCUCCCCUCAUUGGAAAAUGCUGACUGUCAUUACACUGAGGUUUCUCCUUUCAAAGACGAAACCACUUUGUUCUUUAUUCAAUUUAAUUCUUGUUUUCUUUAUUUUAAAAGAGCAUUACUAAUGUCCUGUUUUGGGAUUUAUUUGUUUUGUAAAAGAGAUGCUGUAAGAGAGAAAUAAAUGAAACUAGCAUUACU